CCUCGUUCACUCCGCCGAGAAAUUUAAACGGUCUUUCACCCUUUGCCAGUCUUAACUUCGCCCUUCGCCUCUUUCAGCUUCUUGGUUAAUGGCAAUCUGGACAAUGACGUGCGAUAAUACUCACGCAAGCUGAAGGAAAGUAAAAUAUGAUACAAAAAUGUAUCGUAAAAACGUAAUUCGGUGGCAUGCAAAGGGUUGAAAAUUUUUUUCAAUCCAUUUUUCAAUCCACUCUUCUAGGUUUUCUUUCUUUCUUUCUUCUCGUUUGUUUCUUUUUUCCUUCUCGAUGAAGGGUCUUUGCCUGAGUUACGCUCAUAGUUGCACUUACGUGCGUUUAAAUCCCGACUCGGAAUGCGACGUGACAAAUAGACAUUAGUAGGGCAUGUCUAUCGCCCCCAAGUCAGCGUGUCGCCUUUUGAACAUUCGAAUUGACACCUUUCGUGCACAAUCGGUCCCGCCGCGACGUAUUUCGCGAGAUGCCUGCACGCAUAAGCAUCGAAUAUCAAAGCCUAUAUAAAGGAAUGUGCGGAUUCCGAGACGAUCGCAAUUGAUAUCCGAUAUCCAACCGGUAACAUCGGGUGACAACUGCUCUGGCGGAGUCACCUGAAGAGGAGUCAUCCUCGCAAUCUUGCUUCUCAACUUCAUCACUUUGUGGAUAUCACAAAGUAAACGACAUCGUUGAAUACAAGAAGUUGAAGAUUUAUUUAAUUAAUGAGAUUUUACAUAUAUGUUAAAUUGUUUCCAUCUUUAAAGAUUUAUCUGCAUAACAUAAGUCUUUGGGGAUAUCACAAGCAAAAUGUUGUUGUCGACUCGAGCAGCUCGAUGUGCCGCUCUCAUGGCCGAACCCGACGAGCUGUAUCCAGAAAGAAUACUUUACCCACGUAACACAAGAGCUCUCCCAAAAACGCCGGUGAUUGGCGGACAACCCAUAGAAGAAGAAACAUGCAUGGCUUUGAGGACGUUGGUCUUUGGUUCUUGCGCGAGUCCGCCUAAGGCCGAAUGGGCAAGGACCGGGCUGACUCUUCGACCAUAUGGGCAAAGUUUGGCGUUUGGACUGAGAGCACCCAGGAACACGACGAGAGGCCUCGUCACUGCAGUACAAGCUGUUAUGUUGAAACACUUUUUAUUUAAGUGCGACAGACAAGACUUGCGCUCAGGUCCCGAAGCCCUGUUGAAACCUACGUACGAUCGACAGAUCGAAGUACUGACUUCUGCGAUAGCAGAGAUCAUUUGGCGUUGCGCCGGUGGCUUCUCCGUGUCCACGUGCCCAAAUGUCGUCAGUAACACCGUGCCAAAGGCCGUGGUGGCCCUGCCACAGGACACACCAUAUAUUCAGCAUAGCGUACAUUACUUUCAAGAUGGAUUAACAGAAACGCUACACCUCUUCGAGUUUAACUCCUUGGAGGAUCUCGAGAUAUUCAUCAAGAGAUAUUUGUACCUGUUUCAUGACGAAGGCGGACCUGGUGCGAAGUUACUUUUGUACAGUGCAGUACUCUCGAGAGGUCUUUCCAAAGUUCAGAACGAUUUGGAAGAUCCGAAGUCAUCAAUCCUCGGUGGAUGCUCGGAAGAAGGCCCGAUCAGCAUCGUCGUCUUUAUUCUAACCGGUCGUGUUUCUCCACAUCUUCAUAAUGGAGUACUUCACGUUGGCGAUGAAAAUACAUAUGCCGUACCGCAAUGGGGUGUUCUCAUAAGAAGCGAGGUGGGAUUCCUGGUGCACGAAGGCGAUAGCAACGUAGGCAAACAGCCGGGUUCUCGUUUAAAGACGCCCACUCUUCCGAUAUGGGUGACUCUCUGUCUCGGUCAUCAUGGCGUGCUAUUCAACACGAAUCGUGAAUUGCUAAGGAACUACCACGCGGAACGGCGAUUCGAGGUCCAAUAUUUCACCUGCGGCGGCAGUCACGCUACGUUGACGGUGGACACCAGGGCAAAUGAGGCUUCCGGGGGAUCAGACGCAACAAUGGAAGCCGCGGAUAUCGCUGCAACACCGUUAGAGAAACUCAUUCGAUCCAAGUGGCAGGAUGCCCUGAUACAAUGGAACGGGACACCGGUGAUGUGAGAAAUAUGGAUGGAUAUCCGAGCAAGUGCCUCUCUCCUUUCGUGUUAAACCGUGUAAUCCGUGAUUCCACAUGAUACUAAUCGAUCAGUGCUCAUCGAUCGCUGCGCGCACCAGCAAAGAGAAGCUUUUAAUGUCCUUGACGCGAAACAUAAAUCUAAGUAGAAAUUAAUUGUGUCGUAAUGUACUAUAUAAUUUCACAUGUGAUCAAAUAUUUUCGGCGCUUUCUUAGAUAAUGUAGCAAACGUUUGUACGACCGUUAAGAGGUUUCGUUAUUUUGUAAUCUAUUUUCAUUGUCAAUAAAUGGCUGUUAAUUAAA